GCAACCUUAGGAUAGGUCGGUUGGGAUCACUGAGACCUAACAUAUGGAUACAGUAUCUUAACAUUAGGUGAAUUGCAUACUUUUCCAAUUACUGUUAUGCAGUGUCUUGAAAGAGCCAUUCGUUACUAUAAAAAAGGUUCUUCAUUUCCAACUCCAAAAAUUAGUCUAUCAAAAUGCAGAAACUAACAUCGCCUGAAUACAACACUUUUUCUUGCAAGGCAGCAGUGUUAGACUCCAAAUUAUGCUGGUUCGACGACGACUGCAUUCUCGAUAUGGAUCAUUUCGUCAAGAGACUCUCCAGCAUCAAGGAAAAGGGGGUGAGGCCUGAUUUAAUUGGUUCAAUUAUAACACAUUACGCUUCGAAAUGGCUUCCUGAACUGUCCGACAGUCAAAUAUUGAUAGCGAUCGCCAAGGAGUCCCCCAAGAGUGUUACCACUUCAUGGAUGAAGAAAAGGUUCUUUGUUGAAACUCUAGUGGGAAUUCUACCUCCAGAGAAGGAAUCAAUUCCUUGCAACUUUUUGUUAAGGCUACUACGCAUUGCUAGCAUGGUUCGCGUCGAGCCUGCUUAUCGUGCUGAGCUUGAAAAGCGCGUUUCAUGGCAACUCGACCAGGCUUCCUUGAGAGAAUUGAUGAUACCAUCAUUUAGUCACACUUGUAUGACACUGCUCGAUGUGGAGCUUGUUCUUCGACUGGUUAGAGGGUUCAUGAAUUUAGAUGAAGCUGUAAGAAGUGGAGCUGCCCUUAUUAAAGUCGUGAAGCUUGUGGAUUGUUACCUUGCAGAGGCUGCCAUCGAUUCCAACGUCACAUUGUCCGAAUUUGUCACUCUUGCUAGCACGCUUCCAGGCCAUGCUCGCACCAUGGAUGAUGGACUGUAUCGUGCCAUUGAUACCUACCUCAAAGCACAUCCAGAGGUGUCAAAGCAAGAAAGAAACAUGCUCUGUAAGUUAAUUGAUAGCACAAAACUUUCACCAGAGGCAUCCCUUCAUGCAGCUCAAAAUGAGCGAUUGCCCAUUCGCACUGUUGUUCAAGUUCUCUUCUCAGAGCAAAACAAGCUCAAUAAGCGGAUUCUUGAUUACAGUGGAUAUUGCAGUGGCAUGCUUAGUCCAAACAUUGCUCUAGACGCCCCUGCAAACUGCCCGUCAAAGCAUGAAAUGAACUUGCAAAAAAAGGAAAUGAAGAGGUUAAAAGAAGACGUUCUAAGGCUGCAGAGCCAUUGCACGACCCUUGAAGGGCAUGUUGAAAAAUUAAUGGAGAAAAAUAAAAGAUUUUUCAUUUGGAAGAAGAUUGGAAUUCCAACAUUUAGGGGCAAGAAGAUUGAAGAAGUAGAAAAAGAAGGCGAGUUAGGGAUCGUAAAAGCUAAAACUCCAAAAAAAUGGAGGAAAUCAUUGUCAUGAUCAAGCUUGAUGAAUACAAAAAUGCUGCCCAAAUCUUUGAUCUUCCAAAUUAUAUAUACUAGUUAAAGCAAGAGAUGUAUGUGAAUUUGACUUUC